AUUGGAAGCGGCAGAAUCCCUGAUCAGUAACGCGGGACUUUCCAUGCUCUGUCUCAGUACAUCUGUACCCUGAGAGUGUGACGAUGAAGGUUUAAAAGUCAGGAGAAAAUCAAUGAUCCGUGAAGACGACAUGUAAACAGUGGUGGCGUGUCUCUCUACCCGUGCUGUGACGGUGGUCCGCUAUUGAAGAAUGCCUGAGGGAGAUGAGACCCCCCAUCCUUAUUUCCCCCGCUCCCUGAGUCUCCUGGGAUACAAACCUAACCGUGUCCCCCUAACGGAACUCCUAGGAUUGUUCUUUGGCUUGGUCGCCCUGGCGCUUAUCGGCACGUGGAUUUUAGCAGGACGUUAUAAGAAAGGAGGCGCGGAUCGCGUGAUAAUAUGCUGGUUUGUGGCGUGUGGUUUUAUUCACUGUGUAUUAGAGGGAUACUUCGCGGUAAAUCACAAAACACUUGUGGGAGGCGGAUCCUAUCUGGCAGAAAUGUGGAAAGAAUACGCCCAUGGUGACAGUCGAUACCUAACGUCAGACUCCUUUGUUGUUUGCAUGGAGACCAUUACGGCGCUGGUUGACGGGCCGCUGAGUUUCGCGGCGGCCAUUGCGCAUCUUACCGGAAGUCGUCACAGAUAUCCGCUUCAGUUAAUUGUCUCCCUUUGUCAGCUGUACGGCGACACACUGUAUAUGUGUAUAGAAGCCAAGGACGGUUUUAUCCACGGGGAAUUCGGACAUCCUCUACAUUUUUGGUUUUAUUUUGUGUUUCUGAACUUAUUUUGGAUUUUUGUACCUUUAAUUCUUAUAGUGCAGGCGUAUAUAGCACUGACAGUAGGGACAAGUAGGGAAUCGACGAGAGGAAAGAAACAGAAAUAAACUGUACCCGGAGGUGUACAAAUGUAAAUUGUAAUGUUUUAAUUCUUGUUAUUUACAAUAAACUAUCGGUUUUAAA